ACAUGACAAUGUAUGCAUUUUUUCUUUAUUGUUUUUUUAUUCGCAUAUUUGAAUGGUGUAUUGAAUUUUGGUUGAUCGGGGAAAUGUUUGCCGUCGCGGUUCCAAACCGACUUCCUGCUUUCCGUAGCUGGAGCCGGCUACGUUGGCAACAUGGCGUCCCCUGAUGUCCACGUCCGAAUGUGUGAACAAGAAAUACUGAAAUAUGACUUGGAAAUCAAAGCUCUCAUCCAGGUGCGAAUAUUUAUUUGGAUGUUAAUGAGUGCUCAGGGCCUCAGAACAAGCUGACGGAACUGAACGCAGACAUGAAGAAGAGUUUCCACAACCUCAGACUGAGGAUCCAGGAUUUAGAACAGAUGGCGAUGGAGCAAGACAAAGAGUCAGGCAAGCAAACGUUGAUCAGUCAGGUAGAGGGACACAGAAAACAGAUGCUGAGCAACCAGACAGCUUGGAGGAAAGCUAACCUCGCCAGCAAACUGUCCAUAGACAAUAUGGAAAAGCAGGCACUUCUGAAUAGAUCAGAUAGCGCUGUGAGACAGAGGAAGUUGACCAAAGAUGGCCUGGCCCAGACAACCAGCGACAUUACAGAAAACCUUAUGAGCAUCAGUCGGAUGAUGGCGCAGCAGGUUCAGCAGAGCGAGGAGACCAUGACCUCACUAGGGACCUCCUCCAGGACAAUCCAAGAGACCAACGAGGAAUUUAAGUCCAUGACGGGGAGCAUCCGGCUCGGGAGAAAACUCAUCACCAAGUACAACCGAAGGGAGCUCACCGACAAACUACUCAUCUUCCUGGCGUUGGCUCUCUUCUUCGCCACAGUUCUCUACAUACUUAAGAAGAGACUAUUCCCCUUCCUGUAGACCAAGGUAACUCCGAGGACACUCUCCCGUAACCACACACACUACGUUCCACAGUCGCAGCAAACUAUUUUAAAUAAUUCUGAAGGCUUUGUAUCAUAUUACACACAUUAUUCACUAGUGUCCGCUCACUGGAAUGUUGUCUGCUCACUCGGCUGAGCUGUGACGCUGCUGAGGGUGAAGUAUUGUCCACAAAGUGGAAGAUAAACCUCUGCACUCAUAUCUCUAGGCAGUGUUUUAUUCAUCAAAGAUUGUUUGGUCUACUUUUUUUCAUCAAACCAAGGGAAUCACUCGUGACGGCAGAUGUAUAUGUGAUGGCACAAAAUGUGUCAGAGGUCUGUCUUUAAUAAGUGGCACAGUAAUGCUGUGCAUUGCUUUUACUUACUGUAAGUCAGACGUGGAGGGAUGGGAGAACCAGUAUUUUCUUUUACAUAUCCCAAUUAUGCAGAGGGUAUCAAAAAAGUGUUUUGUGAAGUAGUUUGCUUCAGAUUUUUUUGGGGAAUUAAGAAUGACGCACGAUAAGUUCAAAUGUCAAAAGAAUCAACUUUUCAGUAAAAUCUGAUUAUCAAAACAACUAUUGCCACUGUUCAGCUCAACCUAGGUUUACUGGCAAGACAAUAUUGUAAAAAAGAUUGAGUAGGUUUGGGAAAAUGUUUGCAUAACAAAAAAUGGCCUUUUUCAUAUAUUCCUCAGUAACGUGUGCUUUAACCAAACCAAUACAGUUUUGACUGUAUUUUUAUUUAAUAUCAUUAAUGUACUGUGCAAGUCAUGUUCUAACUAUUUGUGUAAUUGUUAUUUAUAUUUAUAAACUGUAUAAUCACUUAAAGGUAUAAUUUAUUAUUACACUGUAAUGAGCUAGUGUUAUUUUUGAAAAUAGAAAUAUUUAAAUGCUUUUCAACUUUGUUUGCACACAACCCUAUCUACACUCACUCCCUGUAUGUGUUUUACAAGCCCAGUUAUCAAAAUGGUACCUUGCAUGUGCACUUCAAUUCAAACUGUGCCUAUAUUUAUUUGGUUGGCAUGCAAACCAAAAAGGAAGCCUUUUUAUUCGGUGGAAGAGUCCGAACACUGUCCAGCUUCUCUGCCCACGUUGGAGUGUCUCUGUUCUGCAGCGCAGCAGAAAAGCUCAGAGAAGCAGUGGCAGUCAUCACGCAGGCAGAGAUAGAGCAGCAUGCAUCCCUGCCUUUCUUCAGAUAAGACCCGGAAAAGCAGAUUAUUCCGACCCGUUUCCCCUCUCCCUUUCCAGUGUGGGUGGAGGUUGAGGUGGGGGAUAUUUUUAGGGUUGUGUGGUGCUGUUAUCUGACAUUGCCUUUUCAACACCUCGGAGGAGAGGGUGGCCAGAGGAGCUACAUGACCUUGCCACCCUUUCUGAAAUCUCCUUGCAUUGCUCAUAUGUUAAAUAUAUGUAAAUGCUCUUCAGUAUUGAUGAUCAAUAAAUGCAAAGUCUUCUGGCUUGUGAUCUGAA